UGCUGCAGGGUUGGGGAACAUAACCCAAGAUGGGGCACUCCACUCCCAAACAUCCCAGAUGUCGCCUAUUUCAAGGACCGUAACUUACCCCAUCUAGUGAUUGAAAAUGCUCUCAACUACAUCUGUUGCAUUUCUCACACUUCUGCCCUCAAACCUCCUACCCCUAACUAAAAUGAAGACAGAAUCCCCCUCGUCCUCACAUAUCACCCCAUGAACCUCCUCAUCCAGCGUAUCGUUCUCUGCCACCUACAGUCCGACCCUACAACCAGAGAUAUACUUCUUCCCCAUCCCUGUGUGCUUUUCACAGGGACUGCUCUCUCCACAAUUCCCUCGUCCACUCUACACUCCCCUCUAAUCCCACCACAUCUGGCACCUUUUCUGCAGUCACAAGAUUUGCUACACCUCCCCUCUCACGUCCAUUCAGCGCUCAAAACAAUCCUUUCAACUUGGUGGACUGUAUCUGCUGUUUCCAGUGAGACCUCCUCUACUUUGGUGAGACCAAGCAUAGUCUCGGGAGACAGUUUCUUAGAGCAUCUGCACUCUGUACACGACAAACAGCUACCCUUUCUGAUUGCCAAAGAUUUUAAUUCACCCUCCCACUCCCUGGGUGAUAUGUCCGUCCUGGGCCUCCUCUGGUGUCACAAUGAUACCACCCGCAAACUGGUGGAGCAACACCUCAACUUCUGCCUCAGGAACCUACAGCCUGAUGGCCUAAACAUGGAAUUCACCAGUUUUAAAAUGAUCCCACUCCCGGCCUCAUCCUAUGUCCAACUUUUUCCCCUUCAUCCCCACCUCCUUGACCUGACAAAACCUGUCCAUCUUCUCUCCCACCUAACUGCCCCACCCAUCCCACUGACCAAUCCCGACCAAUCCCAACCACUCCCUACUUGCACUCACCUAUUACUAUCCCACCUACCUUGCCCACCCCUACCCCUAUUCUCUAUUUAUUUUCCAACUCCCUUCCCCCUGCCUAUUUCUGUAGGAGGACCCUGACCUGAAACGUCAACUUUUGUGCUCCUCUGAUGCUGCCUGGCCUGCUUUGUUCCUCCAGCUCCGUACUCUGUUGUCUCUAAAAUCAAUUAUGUGCAAGAUACCAGAACUGAAGUAUGGAGAUCUUUGACCAUUGUACGUUUACUAAAUUUAAUAAUGCUCUAGAGAUACCUGAUAGCUUUAUUGAAAAACGUGUUAAACUUCGAGGGAGAGUGCACCAUGUAACAAAAUACGGUCUAGAAGUAGAGCAUGUUCCUAUUACACUUCCUAUUGUUUCAAUUCUACAAAGAAGACAGUCAAGUGGUCGACUGAUGGUUCGAUUGGCUGGCUUGCAAAUGACUGAUGAGGGCAAAGCUUGGUUAAAAGAGCAAAUCAAACCUUCUCACAUUGUUUGGUUCCAACCUCUGAGGAGGGAGAAUUCUUUUAUUGAUUCUAUUGUAAGAUUAAACAAAACGAGGUUCUUCUCGGUCUCUCUGAAUGAAGAGAUUUUAAGGAGAGGCCUAGGGCGAGUUAUUAACAUUGAGGGUCUACAAUCAAAUCCUAAACUGUACUGGAGAUUGCAGUCAAAGUUGCUUAAAGCAGAACUAAAAGCUCUGAAAAAAGGUAAAGGCAUCUGGAAAGAAGCUACUUUAUUAGAAACUAUCUCGGAUAACCUACAGAAGCUCAAGAUUUUUCUUAACCUAAAUAAUCUUAAGUCAUGGGUCAACUCUUUCAGAAAAAAAUAGUUUAGUCAGUUGUAGCAGAAGCUUGUACAGUUAAAUUUUUACAAUAAAUCCAACUGCUUUGUUAUCCUUAAGUAUUACAGAUAUAAGAUGUUAUCUUUGUUUAAGAAAGAGAGACUCUUUGUAAAAUGCAAAGUGUUGCAUUUCAGCUUGCUUGUUUGUUUGAAAAUUGAAUUCCUGUCUCAGAUUCUGAACCAUGCACUAGUAUGUAACAACAGGUAAAUUUGACCUGUAUAUUAGCUCUACUCUUUUCACAUUAGUACUUUGACAGAUAGAAUAAUGAUCUACUACAGUGAGACAGCUUGAGAAUUGGAGCCAUGUUGUGCUUUAUCUAAUGAAGGAAUCAAUAGAACCAAAUUGUUUACUUUUCCCUUCCAACUCAUGAUCAUUAAACAUAGGAAGACAUAUAUAAAGGGACUCAAAAAAGAACCAAGUAUUGACAGAACUAAGUACCCGAAAACUGGAAUUUCCUCUUAAUAUGUGGUAUAUAGUACAUAGUAUGAUCUGCCAAAUCCCCUCCUGAAUUUUUCUAUCUGUCCUGAGUCUUAUAUUUAGGAUUUUAAAUAUAUCAUACAUUCAGUGUAUUUUCCCCUUUAUUCUCCUGUUUCUGCUGGUAAGUAGAACUGAGAAAUGCAGUUUGCUACACUCUGCUUUUGCUGAGAGUGGUUUGAAUGUAACAGGUGUUUAGAUUGCAGACGUCUUAAGUGACCAGAACUGCAUGCUAGUGUAUGGGAGAGGGAUUUUAUAAACAAAUAAUGGAAGUUGUUAACUGUCAGUAAAAUCUGUGGCGGUAUGCAUUCCUUUCAUGCUCUUGAGUGGAGUGCUGGCUAUCUCAAUUUUGAGAGCACCUGAGAAUUUCGUAAUGUUCAUUUACAGAACAAGAGCCACAGACGCAUUGGAAAACAAAUGAAAGUCAAAAAGAAAUCCAAAAAUAUAUAACAUUGCUAUAUUUCUCGAAACUCUUGAAUGCUCUGUCAAAUCUAAAUUUAUCGUACAAUUAACUCCUAAAUUAAAGACACCUAAAGGAUAAGUAUUAGGUGUCCAUUAUUUGCGGGUCUGUGUAGUUUUGAGUCGGUACAGAUGAGCUAAUUAUUGAGAUUGGCUAUAUCUCCUACAGUUGUUUUUUUUCUGUCUCACCCCUGAUUGAGAUUGUGCCUCGUUCUAAAUACCUGCCAGUAAGAUACGAUUUCUGUUCAUUUUCUGUUUGGAUUUCUUAGUUCAUUGCCAUCCCAAUAUCCUUUGCAAUUGAGAGAGAAAUAGCAUGGUCCUUGUACCUAUUGCAGUGGACAUCUGAAUUGGGCGAGAAGGCUGGUGGAGGAAUAGAAUGCAUGGCUAGUUCCAGCACAGUUUAGAGGAGGAUUAAUAUACUGAAAACCCUUCUCUGAGACUACCUGUCUCUCUUUGCUGCAGUUGGAUAUAUUUGACUAGCUUGAUGUGGCUGUUGAUACCUGUCAGUAGCUACCAUGCUGGUGGCCGCCAACUCUGAUUUGAGCCAAACCUGGAAGUUUGAUCAUGUGGAGUUGGAUCAUGUGCGAUCAGAUGAAAUUUACAAAUGUUGGUUUUACCAUCUGUAAACUGUGUGGGCCAAUGAAACAGCCAGUAUGAAACCACCAGAAGUUCCAAAAACCAGGAGGCCAUCCAAAAGCAGGCACAGAGAAAAAAUUGAGAAUGAAGGAACAAGGGAAACAGUUGUCUCCAAUGCUCUUCCUAUGCUUCACACACCCCAGUUCCCACCCCCCAACACUCCCAACAACUUCUCAAAAAUCUUAAUAUCAAAUUUGUUUCCUUCAAUUGCUUCUAAUUUCCACCUGCCCUUGUACCUUGUUUAAUGUAAAGGAAGCUUGUUUACUUUGGUUGAUUUCUCUUAUCCUAUUUUUGUCUUAAAGCUGUGCAAAUAAGAGUUUUCCAGACACUGUACGUGGUGUACUUUCCCCCCCACAACCUUGCAUUUACCUUUAUGUAUCCAGUGUUUAAGGUUGCAAAUGGACUUGGUCUAUCAAAGUUGCCCAUAGUUUGUAUUUUUCAAGGGAAAAUAGGAACAUUGCAACAGGAGUAGACCACUUGGCAUCUCAAGCCCGUUGUUCCAUUUAACAAGAUUGUAGCUGAUUUGUGGCCUAAUUCCACAUACCUACCUUUGACCCAUUUCUCCUAACCCCUUUUUUUUGGAAAAUUAAUUAAAAUCUGCCUCAGAUUUAAAUCUAAGAACUGAUCUAGCAUCAACUGACAUUUGUCGAAUAUAUUGCCAAACCUCUAUCACCCAUUUUGUAUAAGGUGUUUUCUAACAUCUCUGCUGAAUAGUCUUGCCCAAAUUCAAUAGCGCAAGUUAUCUGGUACUGUUAGUGACUGUGUUUUGGGAGAGUCCAGCUGUACCGGUCUCGCUGUGAAAUAGUGUAGUAUUGAAUGCUUCAUUUUAAAAAUACGGAUGCAACACAGACUUAUAAAUGUGUCUAAUUCAGAGGACUCAAAUGAAUGUUGUUAAAGUGAGAGUAGCUCCAAUAUUAUAACACAUACAGAGCAAAAGAAAUGCACACUUUUGGUGUUUCUAACUAGGACUGGAAAUGUGAGUAAAGUUAUUCAAAUGUGAAUCUUCCUUGGACUGAUUGAUCUUUUAAUUUUCAUUUUAAAAUCUGCAGUGUAACAUAGAAGAUACACUUCAUAUGAUUUUUUUUGUAAGUGUUACGAUACCACAAUUGUGUGCAUAGUAAAA